AUGAAAAUAAAGGUAUCACCUUGUCGAGUUUGGGCUGAGGCUUUCCUCUUAUGAAGUUUGAUACUGCUCAUGACAGCGUUUUUAGCCAAACAACUGGAAAUACAAAUUUUCGGUCAAAUAGAGAGUAAAAUUUCUGCAAGAAGAAUUUCCUUGAAUAAAAGAUAUUUAACCGAAAAAAUUGCUAGGGGUAAAUUAAAUUUGGAAGAAAUUUCACUGGAAGAGGAAAAUUUAUCUAUACUUUAA